CAGAAGUUCUUUACUGAAGGUCAAAUUUAAUGACACACUCCAUCUGAAUAUAGUUCUGGGUUUUAUUAGCGAGCCUAGAGAAUCUAACUGAUACAUAAUUUUAGCAAAUAAUAGUCUAAAAUACUUUGUGGCCCUGAUAAAUAAAUACUAAAUAGUAUACACUGAUGAUGUAAUAUCUACAUAUAAUUAUAAAAUAUAAUAACAGUUCAAUUAUUUUACUGGUUUUUUUAGGAUGAUGAGUACUUCAGUCACGCAUGUUUGAUUAUACUCAUCAAUCAGCACUAAAACCAGGAUUAUUCUGCAAAAAACGUUGGACAGUUACCUUUGAACAGCAUUAUUAUUUAGUUUGUUUUCGAAUUUGCUGGGCGGCGGACACGAGCGCUUGCACGUGGAUACAACAACAAGUGUAAUAUAAUCCUCGAUAAAAUUAGCUAAUUGAUCACGAUUGGGCAAAGGGUGAAUGAUUGAGUGUAUGUGUGAUCAUCCCUAUUGCUGUGCAGGUUAUUUGAUUCCAAUCAAGUUGAAGAAUGGAUCGUUGGUCGGGACGAGUAGCUGUGGUGACAGGGGCUAGCUCUGGCAUAGGGGAGGCGAUCGCUCAGCAACUGGUGGAGAGUGGCAUGAUUGUCGUAGCUUUAGCGAGGAGAGAAGAUAGACUCAAGAAAUUGGAGGAAAAAAUGAAAGGUAAAAAAGGAAAACUGCAUCCAUUGAAAACUGAUAUCACAAACAUGGAAGAUAUCAAAUCAGCACUAGAAUGGAUCGAUAACAAAUUAGGAGCUAUACAUGUUUUGAUAAACAAUGCUGGAAUUUUCAUCAACAAGAAAUUUCAAGAAUGUGAAAUGGAAGAUAUUAUGAAGCUGUUUACAGUAAAUGUUUUAUCACUUGGUAAACUGACCAAAGAGGUUAUUGGUUCCAUGGAGAAACAUAAAAUUGAUCUUGGUCACAUCUUCAACAUCAGUAGUAUUGCUGGAAAGAUCAGUCAUCCCUUUCCACAGACAAUGUAUUACUUCGCAUCCAAAAGGGCAGUUGAUGCCAUCUCAGAGGGUCUUCGCAUGGAAAUUGCUGUAGCAAAAUCCAAAAUAAAAGUUUCGAAUGUGAGCCCAGGACUUGUGAUGACUGAGUUGAUUGAGAAUGCUGGCUUUGAACACUUGACAGAUGAGACGCCGAGGCUUUAUCCAAAAGAUGUAGCAGAAGGUGUCGUUUUUGCACUAUCUACCCCUCCUCAUAUGGUGGUGACUGAGUUGACUCUUCAACCACUGGGUGAAAGUAUAUAUUCAUUCAUCAACCUAUGAUGAAGAAAAUAUAAAUGGUUUGAGUAAAGCAAGCACACAACGAAUUAAGAUAGCCUUCUACCAUUUUCUUCAAUUCCAAAUCGAUAAUUUCAAUAUGUAAUGUAAUAGGAUCAUUUUUUCAGCCUCCGAUUUGCCAUGAAUAAAAGACGAAUGUGUAUA